AAUACAAUUUUGAUUAGGAACAUACAUGAGGUGUGCCUGAGGCUGCUGAAAGGUUGAGAGUAUUUAAGUUAAAUUAAAGAAAAAAUGUUAUUUGAUCAUAGUACUAGUUGGAUUGGCGUCAAAAAUGAACUGAGUUUUCAGGAAUCCCAUGAAAUGGUUCCUUCCAAUUGCACCCUAAAUCUGAGGACCCUGGUCAUAAGCAGGUGAGCAUUAGUAACCCUCUGCGUAUCAGGAAGUCGUUGUUGCUGUUCAUUCUGCUCUCACUCCAUUUACUUUUGAGCUCACUCCUCCCUCUCAUCCUCCCUCCCUCGCUCACCCCACCCUCACAAAUCUUUCUCUCUGUUUGCCUGCUUGAGCAGCAGAGCAAAGAAAACAACCACGUUUGUUUCGCUGCAACCAGGAAACCGAUGAGUCUGAGCUGAGACAAGGGAGAACAGCGGGGUGACAACCAAAGGCUAAGAAGGAGCUGCAGCAGUUGGGUUCAAGGCCAUGACAAAGCGCAUGAUUCCGCUGUGCUGCUGGUGUUCUUGUUCUGUUGACCCUGAGAAUGUGGGACAGCUCUGCUGCUGACAUAACGACUGUCACGCCUCCUUCUGCCUUCACCCAAGGGCUGAAAUUAGAAGUGGUUUUGCUUCACUUCAUCCUCAAGCAAACUGUGAAAUGAUGGCAAAAGCGGGUUCAGGAGCACCCAAGAGUCCAAACCUGAGCUCCCAGCCUCCUCUCAGUAAAGAGCGACAGAUGGUGGACAAGAGCCUCAAAAAGCUGGACAGGCUCCACAAUCUGUGCACAAACCCCCGGCUGGGCCUGAAGAACAGCCCGCCUUACCUGCCGGAUCUGGUGAGGGAGACUCUGACGCUGCUCCAUCAGGUUUGGGAGCCCUACCUCGGCUAUAGUUCAGCAGGAGGGCAGUUUCCCAGAGGGGAUGAGGCCACGUACCUGGGAGUUCACGUCAGAAACCUGCUGGAUAAAACAGAAAAGGCCAUGCUGCUGUUCAAGGACGGACGGGAGAAGAUAUUUGAUGAGACAUCGAGCUGCAGGAGGAAUCUCACCAAACUGUCCCUGCUGUUCAGUCAUAUGCUGUGGGAGCUGAAGGCCAUGUUUCCAGGGGGGCACUUUCAGGGUGACACCUACAAGCUGACAAAGAGUAAAGCAGAGGAGUUUUGGAGACGUUCUUUUGGUAACAAGUGCAUUGUCCCGUGGAAUCAUUUCAAACAGCAGCUGAGAACUGUGCAUCCGUUUGAGGAGAGGAUGGAGGCUAUGGCUCUCAAAUCAACUAUUGAUCUCACCUGUAAUGACUACAUCUCUGUGUUUGAGUUUGACAUCUUCACGAGGCUGUUUCAGCCGUGGAGUUCGCUCAUAAGGAACUGGAACCACAUGGCAGUGACUCACCCUGGUUACAUGGCUUUCCUCACUUAUGACCAGGUGGUAGAACGGUUGGAGCACUACCUACACAAACCUGGAAGCUACAUAUUUCGCCUGAGCUGCACAAGAAUGGGUCAGUGGGCCGUUGGCCAUGUGACUGCUGAAGGGGACAUCAUCCAAACCCUCCCAGGGGACACACCUCUCUAUCAAGCGCUUAUUCAAGGAUUCAAGGAAGGCUGUUACUUGUAUCCAGAUGGUCGAGAUGUGAACCCUGAACUCACCUGCCUGUGUGAAACAGCUCAAAAGCAAACAGUCCAAGUUACAGAGGAGCAGUAUGGGCUUUACUGUGAGAUUGGAAGCACCUUCGAGCUGUGUAAGAUCUGUGCAGAGAAGGAUAAAGACACCCGCAUCAAGCCCUGUGGGCAUCUUCUGUGCAAGUCUUGUCUCUUUGGCUGGCAGCAGAAGUCUGUAGGCAACACCUGCCCUUACUGCCGCUGCGACAUCAAGGGAACAGAGUCUGUCCUCAUCGAGCCGUUCCUGAAGGACAGCAGUGACUGGGAGGAAGAGGCAGAUGAGAGAGAGGAGGGGGACCACGAGGACAUUGAAAUGAUGAUAAAGGAAAUGGCUGCUCUGAAGAAGAUUUCCAGCUUGGAUCCCCAAGUUUGCACAUCCUCUUCACCAACACCCCUCCACAACCUUACGGGCUCCCCCUGCCCCUCUCCAUCCAGCUGCUCUCAGACAUCUGGGAACAACCCAACGCGCACUCGUUCGGCUCACACUGGCACUGAAACACAUAGAAACAAAAACCAAAGAAAACCCGAUUCAGCGUCGACCUCCCAAAUGAGUUUUGACUCAAGGAUGGGAAAUACCAGCACAUUCAACGGGAGGAGACAUACAGAGAAUGAGGAAAGGAGGACAAGGCCUCGAAAAGACAGAAGCAGCCAAGGAGAUAUCACAAGAACAAUUUCUUCCUGAGUGGCAGCCGACAUCUGGAAUCUAAAACAGCCUAAACAGGAAACCAGUAAAGACUAACACGGUUAGCCAGAAAAUCAGUCUUCCGAGAAUGUAACUGACAAUUAACAACCGUCUUUCUGCACAAAAAUACCAGUGGGCAGGACUAAGAAAAAAAAAUCCCACUGUGGCCUCCUGCUGUUCGGUAAUUACACUGCCUGCAUCAACAUGGUAAAUUCACUAAGUCCCUAAUAUUGUCUCACGAACCAUCUUUUUAGUAAUGACUCCCAAAGCUUCAAAGAAAAAAAUAAAAGCUUGCAAAUGUAAUUAUGUAAGGAAAAAUAGAAAGGCAUUUAUAAUAUAAAGAGAGGAGAUUUUAAAAUGCUACCUCAUCUAUUGUCUUGUAAAUAUGCAGCACAAAUAAAAGGUACUCUGGCCAGGAGCCUGCAGGACAAAUGAAAGAAAUAAACGGCUAAUAAGUCUGA